GCAAUGAAAUAAAAAAUGGCACUAUCCUUCGAUUAACCACAUCUCCAGCUCAAAAUGCCCAGCAGCUGCAUGAACGAAUCCAGUCGUCGAGUAUGGAUGCCAAGCUGGAAGCCUUGAAGGACUUAGCCAGCCUUUCCCGGGAUGUCACGUUUGCCCAGGAGUUCAUAAAUCUCGAUGGCGUCUCUCUCCUCACGCAGAUGGUUGAAAGCGGCACCGAACGAUACCAGAAAUUGCAGAAGAUCAUGAAGCCUUGCUUUGGAGACAUGCUGUCCUUCACCCUGACGGCCUUUGUUGAGCUGAUGGACCACGGAAUAGUGUCCUGGGAUACGUUUUCAGUGGCAUUUAUUAAGAAGAUAGCAAGUUUUGUCAACAAAUCAGGCAUGGACAUCUCAAUCCUACAGCGGUCCUUGGCCAUUUUGGAGUCAAUGGUGCUCAAUAGCCACGACCUCUACCAGAAGGUGGCUCAGGAGAUCACUAUCGGCCAACUUAUCCCACAUCUUCAAGGGACAGAUCAGGAAAUCCAAACCUAUACCAUUGCAGUGAUUAAUGCGCUUUUCCUGAAGGCCCCUGAUGAGAGAAGGCAGGUUGGUGUAGAGAGCAGUGUUGACAUCCUUGAUUGUCCUCUGACUGAGAUGGCGAAUAUUUUGGCUCAGAAGCAACUGCGUUCCAUCAUUUUAACACAUGUCAUCCGAGCUCAGAGAGCCAUCAACAAUGAAAUGGCGCACCAGCUGUAUGUGCUGCAGGUGCUUACCUUUAACCUUCUGGAAGACAGGAUGAUGACCAAGAUGGACCCCCAGGACCAGGCUCAGAGGGACAUCAUAUUUGAACUUCGAAGAAUCGCUUUUGAUGCAGAGUCUGAACCUAGUAACAGCAGUGGCAGCAUGGAGAAACGCAAGUCCAUGUACACCCGGGAUUAUAAAAAACUUGGCUUCAUUAAUCAUGUCAACCCCGCCAUGGACUUCACCCAGACGCCUCCCGGGAUGUUGGCCCUGGACAAUAUGCUGUACUUUGCCAAGCACCACCAGGAUGCCUACAUCCGGAUCGUGCUUGAGAACAGUAGCCGGGAAGACAAGCAUGAAUGUCCCUUUGGCCGCAGUAGUAUAGAGCUGACCAAGAUGCUGUGUGAGAUCCUGAAAGUGGGCGAGCUGCCCAGUGAGACCUGCAACGACUUCCACCCAAUGUUCUUCACCCACGACAGAUCGUUCGAGGAAUUUUUCUGCAUCUGUAUCCAGCUCCUGAACAAGACGUGGAAGGAAAUGAGGGCAACUUCUGAAGACUUCAACAAGUCUGCUACUUUAUAUGGCCGUGCUGGCACAGAGGUGAAAAUGAACAAUGAAGAAAAACUGAACCAUAACAGCAAACUCAAGAGCUGUCCACUCUCCUACUUUUUGCAGAGCAGCCUAGAAGAUGAAACAUAGAGGAACCAAAGAAUGUUCACUUUACCCAAGGUUU